GUCUCAUUUCAUGCUGAACUCCAAAAACGACAUGUAAAUGAUAAGAAAACGACCAAACGACAGGUGCAUCAACCGCCAUCAACAGUCAUCAACGACCUUUUGGUCACAAUGCGUAAACCUCCGAUCCUUAAAGCAAAUCCAUGCUUUUCUCAUCACCAAAGGCUUCAACUCCAACUCAUCAGCCUUACGGGAGCUCAUUUUCAAGGCCGCCAUGGAAAUUUCAGGUACUUUAAACUAUGCUCAUAAAGUGUUCGAUAGAAUUUCUGAACCAGAUAUUUUCAUGUGGAAUACAAUUAUAAGAGGCUCAGCUCAAAGCCAAAACCCAUUAAAAGCCAUUUUAAGAUAUACGCAGAUGGCAAAACGCGGAAUUCAGCCGGAUGGCUUUACCUUUCCUUUUGUUCUUAAAGCUUGCACCAAACUUUGUUGGAGUAAAAUGGGGUUUGGGAUUCAAGGGAAGGCUUUGAAAAUGGGGUUUAUGGAGAAUAGUUUUUUAAGGAAUACCCUUAUUUAUUUUCAUGCUAAUUGUGGUGAUUUGAGUGUUGCAAGUGAGCUUUUCGAUGAAUCGGCAAAAAAGGAUGUUGUGCCUUGGUCAGCUUUGACUUCAGGGUAUGCAAAAAGGGGGGAACUUGAUGUGGCAAGGAGGUAUUUUGAUGACAUGCCAGUGAAGGACUUGGUUUCUUGGAAUGUUAUGAUUACAGGGUAUGCGAAAAGAGGGGAGAUGGAGAGUGCAAGGAAACUUUUUAAUGAAGUUCUGAAGAAGGAUGUUGUGACUUGGAAUGCUAUGAUUGCAGGGUAUGUUCUGUCCGGUGAAUGUAAGAAGGCAUUGGAGAUGUUUGAAGAGAUGAAGACUGUCGGGGAGAGGCCAGAUGAGGUUACCAUGUUGAGUUUGUUGAAUGCUUGUGCGGAUUUGGGGGAUUUGCAAGUUGGGAUGAAGAUACAUUGGUCUCUCUCGGAGAUGGUCUCAAGCAGUGGCUUUAAUGUUUUACUUGGGAAUGCGCUUAUUGACAUGUAUGCAAAAUGCGGCAGCAUUGGGAGGGCGCUAAAAGUUUUCCAAGAUAUGAGAGAAAAAGAUGUGUCGACAUGGAACUCAGUAAUAGGAGGGUUGGCAAUUCAUGGCCAUGCUGAGGAAUCAAUCAAUCUGUUUACCGAGAUGAGGAGGUCCAAAGUUAGGCCGAAUGAGAUCACCUUUGUUGGAGUCUUAGUUGCUUGCAGUCAUGCUGGGAGAGUAAACGAGGGUCGUCAAUAUUUCAAGCUUAUGAGAGAUGGUUAUAACAUCGAGCCAAAUAUUAGGCAUUACGGGUGUAUGGUGGAUAUGCUAGGGCGUGCUGGGCUAUUGGAUGAAGCAUUCAAGUUCAUAGACUCGAUGGUGAUUGAACCGAAUGCCAUUAUAUGGAGGACUCUGCUUGGGGCUUGUAGAAUUCAUGGAAAUGUCGAGUUGGGAAGCCGUGCAAAUGCUAGACUACUCAAAAUAAGACGGGAUGAGAGCGGAGAUUAUGUAUUACUUUCGAAUAUAUAUGCUUCAAAAGGCGAGUGGGAUCGAGUUGAGAAAGUAAGGAAGAUGAUGGAUGACACUGGGGUAAGGAAAGAUCCUGGUUAUAGCCUAAUUGAAGAUGAAGAAAAGGCUCUCAUAGACUUUUUAUUUAAUUCAAAAUCCAAAGUCAGUUUAAGACCAAAGAAUCUUGUGCAGUGAUUAGGUGACAAAUUGCUUUAAAGCCUUCAAGUUUAGUUAGGCAUGAUAGUUCCCGUUAAUCAUCCUUAAGGAGCCAACAUUGUCAGGAUGUAAACAAUAUAUGUGUGCUUCCAAGUUACUUUGCUUUGGUGCGAAAUAACCCAAAUUUGGCUUCAUCUUUGUUGAGUCGAACUUGAGUAGCUCAAGCUAUCAUGCUAGUUGAAUUCAAGUAUUUUAAUGCUUGAAUUUAUAUGGACUUUGAUCUGUUUAUAAAUCAUAUUAUAUGGAUUUUGAUA